GCUUCCGCGUCCGCCCGAGCCCACCCAACAGCUCAAGCGGCGCACGGCCCCUCCCCCCAAAACCCCAAAACCCUACUCGCCCAUGGCCUCGCCGCCGCCGCCGCCGCCGCCGCAGCCUCCCAGCCCCUCCUCCUCCGCCGCCGCGGGGACGGCAGGCGCGACCCCGGCGCCGGUGGACGCGCUGUUCCUCCAGAACCUGAUGAGCCGCGUCCAGCUCCGCCCGCCUUUCCUCGAUACCAACUCCUUCCUCACCCAGGACCUCGACGAGUUCCUCCUCAACGAGUUCGCCGCGCUCUCGGCCGCCGCCGGGGCCUCGGACGAUGACGACGAGGACGAGGACGGGGAGGGCUCCGACGGGGAGGCGGUCUCCGGGGAGGCGCGGCGGCGGCGGACGCUGGCAAGGGAGGAGGCCAAGCUGGAGAAGGAGAUCGUGCGGCUCGUGCUCGCCGGGGAGGCGGAGGAGGCUCUCAAGCCCAACUCGGGCCAGUCCGUGGCCGUCGGCGACCACCACGUCUGCGUCGGCUUCCACGACGAGGUCGGAGGGGAGUACCGCGUCUGGGAGUGGCACGGCCACGUCAUGAUCUUCGACGACGAGGACGGCUACUCCGCGGAGUACAUCUACGGCAACCACUUCGAGCCGCUCGCUGCCGCCACGGCCAGGGCCAAGAAGAGGGAGAAGGAGAAGAGGGAGAAGGAACUCAGCUCAGGCCUCCGUGAUUUGAUCGUGGGAGAUGGCGGUGGCGCCAAUGGCUCCAAGGAGAACGGCAAAGGCGGACAACCCAGGGUAGUGCGCAGGAACGUUGUCAAUGCCCCUGCGGCGCCUGCCAGAUUUCAGAUAAAAGCUGCGAACAGUGGGACUGGAACUUAUCGGCAGGAACUAUUCUAGAUUGCGAAGACGGCAGGAGUGAAGACGAGCUUUUGCGUAAAGCUGGCCGCAAAGCAUCUAAUAAAUCAAAUCAUGGUGAUCGCAUCAAACAAACAUGAGUUAAUGGAUAUCUAUAUCUGACAUUAGAAAGGUAGAGCUUUCUUUUAUUGGAAUAACUACUCUUUCCCCAGAAGUAACUGCUUUUCCAUUGCAUUCACAUAAUCACAUGCAUCAUUUUUGCUUUUGUAUUGAAUGUGUUGUUUGUUAAGACUUCAGAAACAGCAGUUGCGUAUAUGUAUACGCCGUGAUGAUCUGGAAAUGCUGAAUUGAGAAAUAUAAAUCUACA